UAGCAGGAAGACAAGAAUAGAGAAGAAAGGAAGAUUAUAAAUCCGUUUCAUUCCUUGGCCGUCUUCAUUGUGCCUCUCCUAUCUUUGCUUUCCCAUUCCAUUUCCUUUCCUUUUGCUUUUCUGCGGCAUUUCGUCGAGCAGAUUUUCUUCGAUGUUUUUGUUCACAAAUUGUUAACACUUACAACAGACAUGUAUGGUUCAUCUUAUUACCCGUUUUAAAUUUGUGCUUUUCUUUUAAUUACAGAAACCAUGAUCAGAUAGUUUAAAGUGAAAGAAAAGCAAAAGGAAACAUCUGAAAAAGCAAAGGAGAAUGGUCUCGUAAAGAAGCAAAGUGCAGGAGAAUUGCGUCUUCAUAGAGAUAUAAGUGAGUUGAACAUGCUAGAAGAAUGCAAGAUUUCAUUCCCCAAUGGAAAGGAUGAUUUGAUGGACUUUGAGAUUACCAUUACACCUUAUCGGGGAUAUUAUAUGGGUGAUGGGUUUGUCUUCACGUUUAAAGUUCCCGCAGUCUACCCUCAUGAGCCUCCGAAGGUCAAGUGCAAAACCAAGGAACCUAACCAUGAGGACCCCUUGAAUCAAGAAGCAGCUGAUCUUUUGAGGGACAAUCCAAAAUUGUUUGGUUUGAACGUGAGAAAAUCGAUUGAGGGAAACAUAUGGGUGGAGGGGCCCAUUUUCCUGGGUGCAAAACGGGUGACUUCUACUGAUUUGGUUUAUCUAGGGUUUUGCUUCUUCGUGGUCCAACCAUGGUUGUAUGAGGUUGAAGGUUUGUAUGUUUUUGGGUGUUUUCUGCAUUUCAGGUGAGUACUUGGUGGGGAUUGUCUGGUGGCA